CCUUUCGCGGUUUCUUUAGCCACACGCAACAAAUCAGGGUUUUGAGGUUAGAUUUGGCCAAUGCAUGAAAAAACUACAAAGGAAAAGACCCAUGGCGAUGGACAAGUCGAGUUCAAAGUACAGAACAUAUUUUUGGUACGUGGCAAUGGUCUCUUUCCUCCUCUGGCUUGUCUUGCUUUACCUUUUUAACUCCUCCGUAAAAACCGUUCAUAACCACGAGAGAUUGUUCCGGCAAGAAAACGUGAUCGAUCUCCCCGUCCACGUCUCACAACAAAACCAUGAAUCCGACCAAGCUGUUGUCUCAAACGUCGACAACAUCACUGUUCCUGUUACCGGCAAUGGUUCCUCUCAAGAGGUUCAGAUUUCGGAAGAUGCCAAGGUUGUGUCUGAUCUCGUUGAGGAACUUGAGAAAGAAGACGUUGAGAAUGUGAAGAAGAGAGGUGAUACGGCUUGGAGUCGUCGGUCCACGAGGUCUAGGGGAAGACAUCGUGAGUCACGAAGGACGAGAUCUUCGGAUAAGAGAAUGGUUCGACCUAAUAAUGACGACGAGAACAAUGUGGAUAAUAGUGAUGAAAAUCAUCAAUCACUCGACAAGGAACCAAACUUUUUCGAGCCUAGGAACGAUGUUACAUCAAAGAAAGAGCGAGUUGAUGACAAUAACGUUGUGGAGAGUAAGCAAAAAACAUCGAAUAAUAAUACUUCCAAGGUCAACAGCAGAAUUAGCGCCAAGAGGAACCGACCUAAAGUUGUGGUACGGCCAAGAGUAACGCGACGUAACGAUCCAUGUCGAGGGAAAUACGUUUACAUGCACGAUGUUCCAUCUUUAUUCAACGAAGAGCUUCUCAAGAACUGUUGGACGUUGAGUAGGUGGACUGAUAUGUGCGAGUUAACAUCGAACUUUGGUUUAGGCCCUCCUCUACCAAACAUGGAGGGGGUUUCCGGCUGGUUCGCCACGAAUCAAUUCACAUUGGAAGUGAUAUUCCACAAUAGGAUGAAGCAGUACAAGUGCUUGACCAAAGACUCUUCUCUUGCUUCUGCUGUGUAUGUUCCUUACUAUCCGGGUUUAGACUUGAUGAGGUUUCUGUGGGGACCGUUCCCAUCCAUGAGAGAUGCGGCGGCGCUUGAUUUGAUGAAGUGGCUUAGGGAGAGACAAGAGUGGAAAAGAAUGGACGGUCGAGAUCAUUUCAUGGUGGCUGGUCGCACCACUUGGGACUUUAUGCGUACACCAGGGAAUGAAUCCGAUUGGGGAAACAGGUUAAUGAUCUUACCGGAAAUAAGAAACAUGACGAUGUUACUAAUCGAAUCAAGCCCAUGGAACUACCACGGAUUCGCAGUUCCUUACCCAACCUACUUCCACCCUUCAACCAACGCAGAGAUUCUCCAAUGGCAGAGCCGUAUGAGAAGAAUCAAACGUCGUUACCUAUUCUCUUUCGUAGGUGCACCACGUCCAAACCUCGGUGACAGCAUAAGAAGCGAGAUCAUGGACCAAUGCAAAGCUUCCAGAAGAAAAUGCAAGCUUCUUGAAUGCGUCUCGGGAUCUCAAAAAUGCUACAAACCCGACCAGAUCAUGAAGUUCUUCCUGAGCUCAACGUUCUGUCUCCAACCACCGGGUGACUCCUACACUAGACGGUCCACAUUCGACUCGAUUUUAGCUGGUUGUAUACCGGUUUUCUUUCACCCGGGGUCAGCUUACGCGCAGUAUAUUUGGCAUUUACCUAAAGAUAUUGGUAAAUAUUCUGUUUUUUUACCGGGGAAGAAUGUUAAAGAAGGUAAAGCGAGCAUAGAGAGGGUUUUGAGUAGGAUACCGAAGGCGAAAGUUGUGGCGAUGAGAGAAGAAGUGAUAAAGUUGAUACCGAGGUUGAUGUAUUUUAACCCUUCGGGUAAGAGAGGAGACGCGGGGAGGUUUGAAGAUGCGUUUGAUGUGGCUGUGGAAGGGGUGUUAGGGAGAGUGGAGGGUUUAAGGAAGAGGAUUGAGGAAGGGAAUGAAGAGAUUUUUGAUUUUCCGGAGAGGUUUUCUUGGAAGUAUAAUGUGUUUGGGAAUGUUGAGAAGCAUGAGUGGGAUUCUUACUUCGAUAGGCGUUGAGUGAUUGAUUGAUUGAUUGAUAUUAGAUUGUUCUUUUGUUUUUUGUUGGAAGAGAAAUGAAUGUAGUUGCUGUGAUUGUCAUGGUAUAAAUUUCACAAGGCCGUAGUUUUAUAUCUGGUUUUGUUAGCUUCACAAAAUUUCAAGGCAUGUUAAAUUUUUGUCUUAUGUUCUGAGUUUUAGUUGCGACUUGAAAAUAUGUUCAACAAGAAUGACAAAAAAGCGCAAAUCUGAGUUGAAAGUUCUGUAAA